AUGUCUGAGAUCGAACAUCUGUCCGUAUCACCAGUUCCAUCUCAACCAGGAGGAACUUUAGUUAUUCAACCAUCAAGUUAUCGUAUUCUACGUUCGCCAAGUCACGAGAGUGUCACAACAGAUUUAUCACUAUUUAGCGUUUCGUCAAUAGCAAGUAAUGCUAAAAGCAGUAAUCGGUUAACUACUUUCAAAUCUUACAGUGAUGCACAUUUAUCUGGACGUGGAUCAUCACCAAAUCCUGAUGCUCGCGAUAAAGAAACAGAAUUAAUCCGUAGUUGCGCUGCGCUUUCAUCAGCCCUUGGCCUACAAAAAAGUUUCAGUGCAAGCGACGUAUCACAGUUACCCAGUCCAGAAGCAUCCUGUCCUCAGGCACUACGCUCUGCAGUUUCGGCGUUGGCUUUAGAUUCAGCACACCGCGAUGGAUUUUUAUUGGAACAGGCUCGUCUAGAUCAUGCAUCCAGAUCUUGCAGCACUUGGGUAGCAGUUGGUGACAUUGCCAGUACAUCACAAUUACCCAGUCCUCAUGGAGGUGUUUCUCAACAAAUUUCAUCGUCAUUGCAUCCGCAGCCUAUACCAUUCACAGCUGCUGAUCUUGUCAAGUCUGUUAACAAAAAAGUUCGCCAAAAUUAUAUACGCCGAAGAUUAUUGACGACUUACCGAGCUCUUGAAAGACUCUCUCAAAGUGAAUUUAAUUUAGACAGACUGGAAGCAGCUGCUUCGGCUGCUCAAACAUCAGGAGUUACUCUUAUAGUGCCUGGUACUAUUCCAAGCAUUACUGGAUCGACGAUUGUUAAUCGCAAGACUAAUAAUGAUCAUCCGCUUACUGUUAAUGAUGUUGAACGUGAACGUGGUAAACAAUUGACAAAAUAUGAAAGAAACAUGAUGAUCUUCAACUGGUUACACAAUCUAGAUGAUGAUCCUGACGACAGCCUUCCAACAGAGAGUGGAGUAAAAGUGCUAAAAAAUGAAUAG